UCUGUAAGGAGAAAAGACCCAAAACACCUGAGCUGCAGAUCUAAACUCAGCAUCUAAGUUCACUUAAAACUAAGUCUGUCUCAGUGGUCCCUUAAAGCACUCAGCACCUCCCAGCUGAGCACAUACACAACCAAAGAGUCGCUGUCUGCAGCUUUUGCACACCAGAACCGCACCUGAGCAGAACCGGUCGGCUUAAUAAGCUGCAGCGAAACCAGAGCAGAUACACAAAAGCAGGAAGAGGCCAACCGACAUUCGUUUGUUUCUAUAUCGGCCGAAAGCCAAUAAAAAACUAAAAUCAGGCACCCAUGUGGCCAACUGCCGCCCCCACUAGACUGCUGAAAGGACCCGGAGGACGCCAACACACCGUGAGCCCGCCCAUCCAACAGCGCUGUGCUCCAGGUCACCUUACGUUGAAAUAAACGUAAGAUUUCUUCCCUCAUCUUUACAAGGCAGAGCAUGCAAUGUUGUUCUAACCUUUUAAAUGUAUUAAUCCAGUGGUCAUCAAACGCGUCACGUUACCCGUUUAGGAUUCUAGUACACACGUACACGCCGCGGCAGCCAUUAGGUGUAGCUUCUGUCCUCCUGAGCUUUAACAGAACAAACAGCUGGACUUUUCUGGUUCUCUUUAAGACGUUUUCUUCUCUUCCUAGAGGCUUCUUCACUUUGGUUGUUAGUAGAAGGCUGUGUUAAGGUCAGAAAUAAACACGGACUGUGCCGAGCCUCUUUAGUUCAUCAUUUGAAAACGUUUUAGUCUAAAUUACGGUGAUGCAUAUUGUGUAUGUGUGUGUGUGUGUGUAUAUAUAGGCCUUAAUAGCCGGCUUUAGAUAUCAGCAACAAAAUUCUUUAAAAAUCGGUAUCGAACUUAAAAAACAAAAAUAAAAACAUCAGUCGGCCUCUAAGCAGAAAAAACAAACAAACAAGGACAAUAACAUCAGGCUGGUAAAGACUUGAAACAUGCAGCAUAAUCUGACAUGAAUUACAUUCAGACCCGAUCCUUAAUCCUGAAUCUGUCGAUGACAGGUGAGUUUAUGUUCUUAUAAACACACCAAGAAACGAUAUUCCAGCACAUCUGUUAACCAGCUCUGUGGUGGACCAGGAUUAGACCCACUAACCCUAACCAGCAGAACACAAAGCAGGUGUGGGAGCUUACCAGGAACACCCCUGCAGAAGCGAGACUUGGGGUAAGGCUUGUUCUUGCAGUAGCGGUAGCUGCGGGGGGACAAGUCCGUUAAACUAAUGUUUACCAGUGAGAUCAGAAACUUUACAGUUACAGGUCAGAACAUCUGGAUGAUGAACGUUUACGUUAGCAAAACGAAGACGGUGAAGCUUAUGUGGCCCGAGCCCUACUGCGUGAUGCGUGUUGGUGUGGUGAGACGAGUGCCUGCUGAGGGCGAGACCAGAGACUGCUGGAGUCGGACGCUGAAGCCGGGACGCCGCCUUUCCCAUCCUGGAAAUUCCCUCCGCGUGACGUUGUGGAUCUGGGAAGAGCCCAACUAUCUUUUGGGGUCUUUUUGAAGAACGUUUUAAACUGCUUUUAUGGACUCAAACUUUUUAGUUGUAUAUUUUUAGAUGGUUUUUUUAUUUAGUUAAUAAAAGAGGUUGCAGACAAACUUCUGCUCUCUGGUGUCUCUGUCCCUCUGGUUUUGCACCCUCCUCUCCACCUGUGUCGUUGGGAAUCUCCGCGUGACGCUGGAGCGGCGCGUUGCCUAGGUUACAAUUACACAGAGAUUCUCUAUCUCACACCACCAGUUGUGAUCACUAAAACAGCACAAUGGAAAGCCACAAUAUGAGCCGAGAGAUUAUUAGACUCAACGAACUGCUACACAGAGAAAGAUCUCUGAGACAUCACGAGAAGAAAGAGCUCGAAAAGCUGAAGGAAGAACUCAGAAAAACUCGACGCAAGUUAAGAUCUUCACAAAAUCUACAAACUAACAGCAAUUUACAAGAAACGUCUGAAGGUCCAUCUGAAGAAACGAGUGUAAAAUAUUCACAUCUCUGUUCUGAGGAUGAACUGGAACUUGAAGAACGGAUAAAAACUCAGGAAGAAACAAGGAGAAGUCAUGAAAUAAUGCAAAGCAUGAUCGCAGAAAGUGACUCUCAUCUGGUUUUGCAUAAGGAACUGUUAGCUGCAGAAAAAUCCAACGUUCUCGCUGCAAAACAACAGGCGGAACAUUUUAAACAAGCGCUUCUUACAGAGAGAGACUCUCAUGAAGACACGAAGGCUACUCUUCAUAAAAAACUCAACCGUUUGACAGCGGAUUACGACUCUCUCAAGGUUUCACAUCAGGAACAGGUGAGACAACAUGAAAUGAGUGUCCUCGCCGCUAAUCAAAGGGCUGAACAUUUAGAGCAGAAGUUUGAAGAAGAAAGAAAAGCCCAUUCAGACUCAGUAGAAGAAAAACUACAAAUGAUUAGAAAUCUGACUGCCCAGAAUCAAGAACUCAGUGAACAGCUGAUGCAGCAGGAUUCGUCUGUCUUGAAAACCUCAUUUGAAGAACUGAAAAGGAGUUUUCAGAACGUGCUUGAGGAGAAACAUGGUUCAUACCUUGAACUAAAAGAGAAACAUGAAGCUAGCAAGAAACAGGAACUGUGGUUAGCGAAGGAGUUAGAAAACGAAAGGAAAGCUCAUGCAGACACAAAAGAUAAAGCUCAACAAACAAUCACAAGACUGGUUUCUGAGAAAGAUGCAUUAUAUACAAGGAUGGGACAACUCGCCUCCGAGAUGCUCGAAGUGGAAAAACUGGGUUUCCUGAAAAAACUAGAGGAGAAAGACGUUUUACACCAGGAAGUCAAAGAAAAGUAUGAACUUGAGCUUUCUAACCCAAAACACCAGGUGGAAACUUUACAGAAUCAGUUAGAAAAUGAAAAGAAAAUUCAUGCAAACAAAUUAGCUGAAAAGCAGAUCUUUAUUGGAUGUCUGACUGCUAAGAAGAAGGAAACAAGUACACAACAGAACCAGGGAAUCUUUCUGAUGAGAACGUCUGAACGUUGAAGAGAUGAAAACUAGUUUUCAGAAAGAGUUGGAAGAGAAAAACGUUUUAUACCAGGAACAAAAGACAAAGUAUGAAACUGAUCUACUUGGCAUGAAAAAACAGACAGAAGACCUUAUGAAGGAGUUAGAAAAUGAAAAGUUAUUCAGACUCGUUAGAAGAAAUCCAAGAAGUUGUGAGAGGUCUGACCGAUGAAAAGGAAGUGCUGAGUGAUCGGCUGAAUGAAAGUGGAUUUUUUUUCACAUUAGUUUGUUUUUCUGAUGUUCUUUUGAUUUCUUGUGCUGACACUGAUGUUUUUAAGUUUCAUUAAACUUGUCAAAGCUAAAUAAGUAAGUUUGUGACGUGAGAUAUGAUGUGAAUUGUGUGUUUGAGUAGGUCCGUGUCCCUUCUAAACUGUUGAUGCUUAACUGGACCUCAUCAUAACAUGUUAGUGUACAAAGUCAGGUGUGGUUGAAGCGUUAAGAAAAGAAAGAUGUCUGCAUGGCGUGAGUAGGUGAUUGGGUGUCGAGGAAGUACCUCCUUCCAGCAUGGCGGGGAAAAAAAUGCAGCACAAGUGAACUGUCACAGGACUCGAUCCAAUCGUUUCCGUAUGUUCCUAGUGCUGCACGGGGUUUUUUCUGUGGGUGCUCCAGUUCGCCUCCCACCCCAAAACCUGAAAUUCCCGACACCGUACCCUGAUGGAUCUGCUCCGCUUUUAACUAAACACCAAACUCCAAGUCUUCACAAAGCCAAAACCACAAUAAGUUACCCGGUGAAGGUUCUCUGUCAUCCAGAUGGUGGAGAUCAAAAAGGGUUCGA